UGCUCUCCCUCCUCCUCGCCCAUGCGGCUCGCGUCCUCCUUGGCCUGCCUUGACUCGUCCUUCUCGGCCACGUCUGUCUUGCCUGGGUCCCCUCCGGGCUGCUCUGAGUCUUCCGACUCGGCGGGUGACGGUGCGAUGCUGCUCUGGGUCGGCGAUGGCGGCGGUGAGUCUCAUCGGGGCUGCUGGACUGGUGCCGUGGUCGUCUUGCCCCUGGUGGCAAAGUUGGCGGCGGCCGGCUCGCUGAUGAGAUCCUCCACUGCGAUGGUAUCGGCCGGCUCGCCAAAUAAGUCCUCCACCGCGAUGGUAUCCUCCUGACCCUCCUCCCCCCCGACAACGACCUCCACGCCAGACGCCCUGGCGGUCGGGUGUGAGGCCGGCAGCGACAGCAGGCUCGACAACAAGGUCGCCUGAACGGACGAAGGGACAAAGAAAAACGAAACGCGUCAGAUGCAGGCAGGCAAGCAAAUCUCAUUCUUGUGCGGUGGUGUCGGCUGACCGUCGGCGGGGGAUUGAGGGCCGAUGAGCUCCCCGGACAACACCACUACCCACAUCGACCAUACUGCUGGUGCGAUCGACAACAACAGGGCUACCCACACUGCUACUGCAACCGCUCCCUCAUACUCUGUGUCGCCCUCCGCUGCUGCUGCUGCUGGUGCCGGCGUGACGAUGCCUUCGCUAAUCAAGGGGGCGCUCCUGUCCUCCGCGCCGCUCGACUCCUCCUUGCCCUGCUGGUCGUCUGUGGCGUCAGCGGUCGGCGGCACGACAACAAACUCACCUACAAACAACCAGAACAGAAGGAACAACACACAUGUCAGAUGCAGGCAGGUACUGAAAUGUAAUUUGUGGAUGGUCUUGCUGGCUCACGAUGGCGGGGGGCUGAGGGCCGAUGAGCUCGCCGAACGCUUCGGAAAGCUUCGCCCUCUCUCCAGCCUCGGCGACAACAACUGAACUAGCCAUAGCCCCCACACCACUGCUACUGCGGCCCUUCUCUCCCUCCUCGUCGGCCGAUUUGUCGCCCUCCUCUGCUGCUGUUCUUCCUCGUGAGCACCGGCCUCCUCUUCUCUCGUCACGGCCCCGCCCCACGGCAAAUCGGCAAAGACCCAAAGCCACACAUGGUGUGUCUAGGUGGGCAUGCUGCCUGCGUACCGCGUUCCUUCAUCCGACUAGCGAAGUCUAAGAAACUCUCCUCACAGACACGCGCCGGGGUCACGCCUGACACACACACGGCAAUUCAUGGGUCCACUCAAUGAUGCCCGUACGGAUGCACCAAGCGUAUACCAUCGAUGAUAAUAAUCCAGCCAUCGCAGCAGCACAGCAGUAUGGGGAUCUCGGCUCUCCCCAGGGGGUUGGCCGCCGUGUCCCGCGCCACCUCAGACCGGAAGACUACGAGCACAUCGUGGUACAUGUACGUGUAUGGGGUACGCUGCUGGACGGCCUCCUGGUGGGGCUGGUCGCGCAUCAGCAGCUCCACCACGUCCUGGUUCGACAUGACGGCCUGGCGGGGGGCCACCUCGGUGAUGGUCUCCAUGUCCGCCGACAGGCCGUCGCCGAGCAGUCGGAUGGCCUGGAUGUGCGUCUCGGUGGGGCGGCCGUUGCCCAUGAGGGCGACUUCUGUGGUCGCCAGCACCCCACACACCUCUCCGGCCGACAUGCUGCCCAGCAGGACUACGCGCUCCUCCAUAGUAUCCCCCUUCACCUGCACCAAAAUACACGACACAGGGAGGGACCCAAUGAAUGAAUCCUGAGAAACCCACAUAUCCCUCCCUCCCUCCCUCCCUCCCUCUUAGCACCUGAGCCAGACGUAUGGCGUGGUAGUCGGUGGCGAGGUUGAUGUACUCGCCGCACUCGCCCAUCUCCUCCUUCUGCUGCCCGGGCGCGUCCAGAAAGAGGUGGUUGGGUGGUCUUGUACGGACAAGAAUUGUCGUACAAGACCACCCUCUCCCCAUCCAUGUCGACG